UCCUCCCGCCCCCUUCCUAUCGUCUAAUCCCCUCCUUCUGCUUUCCUUUUCUUUAAAAUCCCGUUUUCCCCCCCGAGAAAAACAAACACCCCUCCCACACAUAACAUUCCAACUCCUCACUUUCUUCCCUGAAGAUCUUUUAGCUCUAAGUUGCUCUGCUUUGUGACCUCUGCUUUUUUCCUUAUACCUGGAUAUAAUACAUCGCAAGAAAGUCAAGCUGCGUCCGAAAUGACAAGUCUGGGUGGAGCUGUCCCGAGGAUGAUGCGACCAGCUCCCGGACAGAAUUAUCCUCGCAGCGGGUUCCCAUUAGAAGUGUCGACUCCCCUGGGCCAAGGCCGAGUCAAUCAGCUGGGGGGCGUUUUCAUCAAUGGGCGUCCUCUGCCCAACCAUAUCCGCCACAAGAUCGUGGAGAUGGCCCACCACGGCAUCCGGCCCUGCGUCAUCUCUCGCCAGCUGCGCGUGUCGCACGGCUGCGUUUCCAAGAUCCUCUGCAGGUACCAGGAGACCGGCUCCAUCCGGCCCGGGGCCAUCGGAGGCAGCAAGCCCAAGCAGGUGACGACGCCGGAUGUCGAGAAGAAAAUCGAGGAAUACAAGCGAGAGAACGCCGGCAUGUUUAGCUGGGAGAUACGAGACAAGUUGUUGAAGGACGGCGUGUGUGAUAGAAACACCGUGCCUUCAGUGAGCUCCAUCAGCCGCAUUUUGAGAAGCAAAUUUGGGAAAGGCGAAGAAGAAGAAGCCGAGCUGGAGAGGAAGGAGGUGGAAGAAAGCGAGAAGAAAGCCAAGCACAGCAUCGACGGCAUCCUCAGCGAAAGAGCUUCAGCACCACAGUCAGAUGAAGGGUCUGAUAUAGAUUCUGAGCCUGAUUUGCCGUUAAAGAGAAAGCAACGUCGUAGUAGAACAACCUUCACAGCUGAACAAUUAGAAGAGCUGGAAAGAGCUUUUGAGAGGACCCACUACCCUGAUAUUUACACCCGGGAAGAACUUGCACAAAGAGCUAAACUCACUGAAGCUCGGGUCCAGGUCUGGUUUAGUAAUCGACGAGCUAGAUGGAGGAAGCAAGCUGGAGCAAAUCAAUUGAUGGCUUUCAAUCACUUGAUUCCAGGCGGAUUUCCACCCACUGCCAUGCCAACUUUGCCAACAUACCAGUUAUCUGAAUCCUCUUACCAGCCGACUUCUAUUCCACAAGCGGUGUCAGACCCAAGCAGCACAGUUCACAGACCUCAGCCUCUUCCACCCAGCACUGUCCACCAAAGCAGCCUGCCUUCGAACCCAGAGAGCAGUUCUGCCUACUGCCUCCCCAGCACAAGGCAUGGUUUUUCCAGCUAUACAGACAGCUUUGUGCCUCCAUCUGGACCCUCAAAUCCUAUGAACCCUGCCAUUGGCAACGGCCUUUCACCUCAGGUAAUGGGCCUUUUAACUAAUCAUGGCGGUGUACCUCAUCAGCCCCAAACUGACUACGCUUUGUCACCAUUAACUGGGGGCUUAGAACCAACCACUACAGUCUCAGCUAGCUGCAGUCAAAGAUUAGAUCAUAUGAAAAGUUUAGAUAGUCUGCCUACAUCCCAGUCUUACUGCCCACCGACAUACAGCACCACUGGUUAUAGUAUGGACCCUGUCACAGGAUAUCAGUACGGACAAUAUGGACAAAGUGCCUUUCAUUAUCUGAAGCCAGAUAUUGCAUAGAUGAACUGUCCACUUCAAGUGAAAACCAGUCUUGUUCCUGGUCUUGCUCCAAUAUUUGGAAUGGAGUGAUCCUCUCAUCCAACUGCAGCCUAGAAUGAAGUGAUCAUGCUAGAGAUAACAGGACCGUUAAGUUCUUUUCACCAAUCAAUUCUUUCAGUAAGAAGUUUGGAGUAAAGCAGCUCAAAAGACAAAGACUAUGACCAAGCACCCAAAUAAAAUGCAGCACGGUUCAGCACUGAUGUGUAAUUCUUUUCCUUUCCUCCUUUUACAAAUGACAGUGUGUUUCAAACUGCUGAGCUGAAAUAUACAUUCCAAUUUUAGGUUGACAGAGAGCCAUGAAUUAAUUUGGAUGCCAUGUUCUGUAAUGUGGCAACUGACUCCUACACACUCAUUUUUUUUUUACAUGAAAUGCCGCUUAUGACUUUGCUUGGUUUGUAAAGCACGGCCAGGAGAACAUUGUUUUACACACUGGAAACUGACCUCAAAAGGAAAUGUUAAGGUCUGUAGGAAGCUAGACUAGAUGUUUGAAGACUUCCAGAAAUACAGUAAAUUAUUGGUUAUCUUCUUGUUCUUUGUAAUCAUGUUGUUGAUAAAUGUCACAUGGAAGUUCCCCCCUCCUUCCUUACAGCAAAUGAGAAAGUGUAACAUGAAGAAAAGUUUUGCAAGGUUGUUUGUAUGUGAAAUUUUCCUAUUCGAUGUUACCUCCUGGAAGAAAAAAGCAAAAAUACAGAAUACUUUUGAUUUCAAUGACUGCUUAACAAUGUGCAAUAUGUCAUACCUCACCAAGCUUUGGUAACAUCCAAGGCAUUAUAUAUAGAAUCAAAGUUAUAUUUUU